AUGGCGCAACAGCCUCCUCAGACGGUCAUACCGCCUGACAUGAUGCAGCCGCCCCCGCCGUCAAUGCAUGCGGUCAACUCGUACUAUCCCGAUAGCUCGACGGACAUCACGGGUGGUCUGCCUAUGAACUUGGACUCGCUUCGGGAUGGUCCACCGGGCACAAAGCCCUUCUAUCCAUACUCCACGCUCAUACGAUACGCGAUCAAGGGUGCGCCGAAUCAGAAGCUGCUGCUGGAGGACAUUUACUACGCUAUCGAAUCGAGAUUCCCUUAUUUCAGGACAGCUCCACCAGGAUGGAAGAAUUCUGUCCGACACAAUUUAUCGUUGAACCCAUGCUUCGAGAAAGUACCGCGCCCUCUGACGGACCGUGGGAAGGGCUCAUACUGGACAGUCAACGACAACGUCGAUCCUCGAACGGGGGUGCAUCGUGUGCGAAAGAAGAAGAACAAGGGCGGGAGUGGCAAGGGGCGGGCGAGUAGGCUCGAAGAGGAUAUUGACUACCAUCCUCCGACCGAAGAGCAACCUUUCGAUCCGAACUUUGUGCCACCGUCUAUACGGCCAGUGGAGGAAGGCCCCAGCGCGCAGCCUCCUGUAUACCCUCCCCCUCACUAUCCGUACGUCCUCUCUGCUAUACGUUUCCCGCCGCCACCCCUUUUCCCUCCCGACGAGCAGUUCGAGUUGGACGAGCGUGGCAACGUCAAUUGGCACGCUGCCUGGCUCAAGGAGCUCGCGCAGCUGCAGCAUAUGACGGAGGAGCAGCAGAAGGCGGGUGCGGAUCAGGAAUGGUACAGGAUGAUGCUCUUUCGCGUGCGCAGUGCCAUGAUGGCACCGCCGAUGAACCCUGGGGAGCCCGUCCCUGGUGCGCCGCCGCAUCCGAUGCAGGGCCAGCCGCCAAACCCUGUAGAUGUCCCGAGGGAGCCGUGA